AUGGCCUCCUCGACGGACCAAGUGGGGAGGUCCUUCCCAGGAGGGAUGGCCGUGGUGGCAGAUGGUACAUCUGAAGAAAGAGAAGAGCCGAUGCGAAAGAAACGCAAACCAGCGGGUGCCUCGCCGGUGGCUGCCAAAGAGGGAAGCCCGCGUUCUGACGAUGUCGGCGACGACGGUUCGGACGACCAGGGAAACGAUUUAGAGUAUGACUACAACUCUGAUUCGGAUUCGGAAUGCGAAUGUGGAGAAUGGCCGAAGCAUCACGCGCACGCUGAUGCGGACGAGUUUAUCGACGGCGUGGACGGCAUUACCGCGAGGGUCCAGUUAUCCUCGGUCCUGACAAAUCUCUGGGUAUAUAUCGAUCCUCGGAGGCUUUCCGAGGGCCGUGCUCUUGGCACUUCUGUCGAGACCGUCGGCCUGGAUCCCAGCAAAGGAGUGGUGGUGAUGCUCACCACCGACUAUGGCUACACGUCAUCAAGCAAGUGCCCGAAAGUAUUGUGGGCAAGGCAGGUGGCACGGGCGGCGAUGAACAAGCCGAAAAUGGACACCUACGGAAGCAUCGGGGAGACAUUCCCGCACGAGUGGAUGCUCUGCGGAAAGAUACAGGCCGAGUUGACGCGAGCUUGGUCCCAAGGCAUGGGGCCAUCACGCACGGCCGACGAACACGUCAAGGGAGGACAUCAAUCCGAGCAAGGGAUGGACGGCGAUGUCUGCCGCGACGGCGGAUCUCCCGUUCGAGAGGGUAGGGUAGCGGCGGCGACGGCGGCCGGAGAGGGGAAGGGGAAGGCGAAGAAGAAGACGGACGGGGGGGAGCUUGACAGCGCAGCAACACGUCGGGCGGUUAAGAUGAUUUGCGAGGCCAUGGUGGUGUCGGCCGGUUUUGCUGCCUACGUUCUGCGGAUCUCUAAGUACGACGAGCAAAAGGCACAGCUUUGCCUUCUCGAGGAGGAACAGCGAUCGUCCCUGAAGGCAGCAUUCGCGGAGUUCACUGAGCUGAAGAGGAGGUUUCCACAGGUUGACGAGGCGUGUUGUUUUGACGCCGUUGCGGAACAUCCCGGGUCCAUCCAGCUGCAACAUGACUCCGUGGUGCGCGUGGCACUGGGAGGGCUUCUGUUGGACCCGCCGCCUCAGUCGAAGGGGGAGACCGGUGAUGGCCACGGUCUGUUAGACGAGUACCGUAGGGCUGAGCUGAAGAAGCUCGCCGAAACAAACCCAUUGCCCUUGUGCACAUCGACCUCGAGCGUUUUGGAGCGCGGGAAGCGCUGGAAGUUCGAGUUUGCCCGCUUGCCCACGAUGCCCCCGGAGAGGCAGCGCGUGGGGAAGAAGUUCUCGCCUUGGAUGCUGCCCUCACAUUCAUACAGUGGCGCGUCCCUGCGUUCCAAGUUCUCUAAACAGCAACCGCGUUUCGAGACGCAGUCGGACAUCGUCCUUCCUGGUCCUGCGGGAGGUGUAGAAGGACAGGUGUUCAACAACGGAGAGGUGGUGGAACUGUUGAUCGACCUCUUCCGUAGAGCCUUGGAGGGCACACGGCCCGAGCUAGGCUUUCCAGACGCGGUGCGCCUGGUGCUGAACGCACUGCCGUCUGUGGCAGACAUGCAACGGUGCAUCAGGGGGGAGGGAAGCCUUGGCAACGAGGCGAAACCAAAAGCCAGCGUCGGAGGUCUCUCUUCGCCGUCACCCCUUGGUUCGCAAGCUGUCGCUGGUGUCGUUAUUGACAAAGGAGGUGGCGAGGGCAGCAACGCGGGGGAAAGGAGAUCCCCUACCGGAGAGGUUUCGCCCCUGAAGGAGGCGUUGUCGAAAAUCAACCCGCUGUCGUACCCCCUGCUGGAGUGGCUGCUGUCGACGGCUCAUGGAGGGCAGCUGCACCUGUUGAAGGAAGCUGAAGCUAUCGAGGGGAUUUCAUGCAAGAAUCAGUUCGUGCUCACAGACACCUCAGAGCGAGAGGAGCGUUUUCAGGCGAUGAAGCGGGAGGCCGCGGCUUCGUCGAACGGAACGGGAUCAUUUUUCGCCUUCCACGGCAGCGCUCCGGGCAACUGGCACGGAAUCCUUCGCUUGGGCAUCAAGAACAUGUCCGGUACGUGUUGCAUCGGCCACAGUGUUGCAGAAGACUGUGAUCACGGACGUAUGUUAUCGAUUGCGGUUAAUCCUGGUCCGAUAUGCGAGGGUGUUAUCCGUUUCUCCUAUUCCUUGGAGCAGCGAUGUUCUCUGUCGUGA